UCGCGCGUCAGUUUGUUUCACUCCAUCCUGUCGGAGCGGACGACAGGGAAACAGAUGACUGGUCCGGUGCAUUCAGGCUGAAACCUGACAACUCAACCCUCCGGCGACCUGUCUAAAGAAGGAAACGAGGAUAAAAGGCAGAAAAGCAAAACUAGAAGAUGCAGUGAUGCCGUUUCCCUUCACCGUCCACAACCUUUAACUCACAGCGGCUUCCAGCCAACGCCAACCCAGAUGCCCCGCCUCUUCUGGUUUUGAAUAAACCUUCUGAGCACUGUCAAGUGGGCGGGUCCAGCCCUGCACACGGAGGGGGUGUGGCCGGCGAUGGACAGCCGGUGCAGCAGCAUCGAUUCACGUCUGAAUGGCAGAGGGGCGGGGUCUGUCACCACCACGCCAGUCUCUGCGCGAAUCGAAUCGUAUGAGGCCGCGGAGAAGAAGUGCAUCUCGGACGUGAGGAGGACCUUCUGCCUCUUCGUGACCUUUGACCUCUUGUUCAUCACCCUGCUCUGGAUCAUAGAGCUCAAUGUGAACGGCGGCAUUCAGAAAGAGCUGAAUAAGGAAGUCCUGCACUACGACUACAACGCCUCCUUCUUCGACAUAUUUCUCCUGGCUGUUUUCAGGUUUGCUGCUCUCAUCCUGGCCUAUGCCGUUUGCAAACUCCGACACUGGUGGGCCAUCGCAGUCACCACUGCAGUCAGCUGCGCCUUCUUAAUUGUUAAAGUCAUCAUAUCAAAGCUGCUGUCUCACGGGGGCGCCUUUGGGUACCUGUUGCCCAUCAUCUCCUUCGUGUUGGCCUGGUUGGAAACGUGGCUACUGGACUUCAAAGUUCUGCCUCAGGAGGCAGAAGAUGAAAACAGAUAUCAGACGUUGCUGGGGGCCGCAGACCGGGCCCCCCUCCUGUGUCCGGGGCCUUUAUCUGAUGGACAGUUCUACUCUCCGCCUGAGUCUCUGGCAGACUCCGAUGAAGAACUGGACGAUAAACAUGAUCCAGAAAAAGGGCUCAUUCAGCAGGUGACCUAACAGCUGACAGGAUCUAAACCUCCAAGAGGAAGGUCUUCUCCUGCCGGGCGACCAAGGGAAAAUUCUGCCUUACACAUUCUGUCCUGUUCGUUUUUAUUCGUGUCAAACUGGUCUGUGUACACCAACACCUACAAGCGCACUUCAGUUUCCCGACAUUCUGCAUGAACGUCGGAAACGAGAAGCGCCACAAAAAAGUGAAAACUGUAUUAUUUUAUGUCCUUUAUUUUCUACACUGAAUGAACUAUUAAUGGGUAUUUUGCACGUCUUGUCUGAGACUUUCAGGCUGUGGAUCAGAAUUAAAACUGUUGAAACAGUUUUUUUGUUCUUUUCUUUUCAGUGGUAAUGUCUUAAAUUUUGAAUGUUUACUUUUCUUUUAUAAUUCAGGCACUUGGGUUAGAAGUCACUGUAACCAGACAAAAUGAACUAUGUAUGGGCCAGUGUUGAUCUUACAGUUUAUGAAGGAAUAUUUAUCAUUUGUGGAUUUAAAAAGUAGAUUUAAUUAAAUCUUGGAUUAUUAUUUCAGGUCAUUAAAGAACUGAACUAACCUGCAUGAAACAUGGGAACUCUAUCGUUAGUGUCUGGAAAUAUUACUGGUAUAAUCAACAACUGUAUGAUCUGUAACCUGCUCUAAAAGCUGCUCUGAUGGAAACUUAAAAACAGAUGAGGAGGAAACGAGUGUACAUACGUUCAUGCAUGCCUCAAAAGCCUGCUGGGGUUGUUUUUAUGAAAAGCUUGUCUGUAAAAGGAAAAGACAAAAAACAUGAUUUACAACAUGA